AUGAAGAAAAAAGACUCCACUCAUAUGUUCUUGUCUAAUGAGAAGAUACAAUCAUUAAGUAUCUUAACUAAUAUUCGCUUAAAUCGUUUCUUACAGCGUCUAUGGUCAUAUUUCUCAUGGCGUAUCUACGUUUUAAUUUUAGCUGGUUUAUUUUAUUUAUAUUCACAUGAGACGACAACUUGGUUUUUAAUCUAUACUGUGCCACCAAUACUUGGUAUAUGGACAGCAACGUUGGCACUCAAUAAUAAUAUAUCGUUACGGUUUGAAGCAUUUAUUCAAUCAUUAACUGAAUCUAAUCCAUCAAGGAGUAGUAAAAAUAGCCAUGAUAGAGAUCAUGAAAAUGAAUUUAAAUCUGUAAAAUUAAAUCCUGCGGCACAGGCGGAAUUAAAUAAGUUAAUCAAUUACAUUUGUCGUGAUUUUAUCUCAACCUGGUAUAAAAAUUUAAGUCAGAGUGAUCAUUUCGAGAAAGAAACACGUAAAAAACUAGAACAGAUAUGCAGUCGUUUAAUCGAUAGAAUUGGUAAUAUAGAUCCACAUUUAUUUAUUCAACAUUUAUGUGGGAUAUUAACUAACCAUUUUCAUAUCUAUCAUGAAUGCGUUAAGGGUUUUACUCAUCGAGCUAGCAGUAAUCGUUCUACCCCUCCCCCUACAGCUCCUCCUCUGUCUCAUCAGGAUUCUAACGAUGGGAGUAAUAGAAAAGAUCAAGAGGAACUCAUUUGGCAAUCCUAUAAAGCUCGAUGCUCUUAUCAAGGUAUUACAGCAACCCAAGAUGGUGAACAAGAUUAUAUUAGGCAUAUGGCUACAUUGCUUCUUUAUGCUCUACUAUCAAGUGAUGAAUUCAAUAGCGAUACAGUUAGAUAUUUAUUAAGAGAGAUUCUAGCGUCGCAUAUUCUUCAAUCCAUUAUUAGAUCGUUAUCUGAGCCUCGGAUUAUUAAUCGCUUAUUGGGUAAGUUAAUUGAAAGAGUAUUUACAGCUUAUGCUAGACGCCAAGCUAAGAGCGUAAAAUUAGCACAACUUCGUCAAAAGAAAAAAAAUCGACCUCCUAAUAUUACAGUAAAUCAAUCUAAUACUUUAAAUCAACCAAUUAAUUCUAAUUCAGUCCAUGAUAGUUCUGAAUACCUAUCGGAUGUAUCCAACGAUAGUAAUACGACUAAAGUAAUAAACAAACAAUCAGCUCACGGACCAGGAAAAGAUCGAAGUGAGAAACAAGGCAUAAGUAAUAAAGGAAACAAUAUUCGGCCUCGAGCUAAUACUCAUACUGCAGCAGUUCAAGUUCCUAGCCAAGGUAAUUCUUCAUUAUCUACUAAACCAAUCGACGAGGAAACAAAUUCGAUCGAAGUAUUUGCUAAUCGUAAUAAAGCAGUACACAAAAAUAAGAAUAAAUUGACAUUAAGUAAGAAACUGUUUAAGCGCGUUCAACCAAGAUUUCGACUAGGAUCCGAUGAAACGGAAAAUUCAGAAAAAGGUACAGAUGAUCAUAACGGAAAUAACACAUCAAAUAUUCAAGAUGAAAAUGAAGAAGAUGAAUUUGCUCAAAGCACGGCAACUGGGCUUGGAAAUAAUGCAAAAAGAACUCAUAAGAGCAAACGUAUAUCUAAAAUUUAUUCCUCUCUCAUCAGGGAUAGAUCAGUGCAAUCCAAUCACCGUAAAACCGCUACAUUUGAUGGAUCAUCAUCCUAUCGUUCAACUCACGCCAAUGAGAACAUUCCAUCCAAAGCAACGCGAUCACAUUCCUAUGAUGAUAUUGAUUGUGUUAAGAAAGAGAAUGAAAAUUCAUUUUUGAAAGCCUUUCACAAGAUUAAAACUAUCAGUGGAAAAGAAGAUAAUCAUCAUAAUCUAACAAAUAGUAAAGAUACAAUACUUAAUUUAGACUUUGCCGAUAAAUCAACUAAUGGUAUGAAAGAUUUAUUUAAUCCUUUACCGCAACAUCAACAAAUUAAAGAUCGCACUGGAAUACAAAUUUAUGUAACAUCUCCUGCUGGUCAUCAACGUUCUAAUGAUGAUAUCUUCCAAGAAGAAAAUCAACCCGAUGAUGUUUCAUUACAUUUUAACCCAAUUAAUAAGUUGGAAAAAUUGGGAUUUUAUAAGCCAAUCUCUAUUCCAAAGACAAUCACUGCUAAAGACAAAACUGGAAAUAAAUAUACUUUGUACUGUAUCGAGUAUUAUGAUAGCAUAUGGCGAAAUGUGGAGCAGCAUGAGGAAUCCAAGUCAAGAAAUACUUUCUCACUAAGAGCCAAAAAACGACAGAGGAUUAAAUCAGAUGAAAGCGAAAAAGUAGCUGAUCGUCAUUCUCUUUCUUUAAGCAAAAAAAAUCAAUGUAAAGAUGAUAUCGUGGAUGUUAUUGGAUCAAAAAAUACUGCUAGUAACGGUUCAUUUCCCUUCAAAGUUAAGAAAUUAUUUGACGUUCGUUUAAAACGUUCCCGUUGGCAACAUACUGGCUCGUUUGUUCUGGAUGUAGCAGACAGCGAAAAUACGGAUGAUAUCGUUUAUUCUUUAGGUCAUCGUGAAAUCCAUCAUCGUUUUAGCGAAUUUUUUGCAUUAAAUAGGCGACUACGACGGCGAUUUAGUCCUGCUGAUUUGAAAGGGCUAUCAUUAUCUGGUACGCGAUUAGUGCAUGCAUUUUCAAGAUUUGAUCCGGCCGUUAUUGAAAAUCGUCGAGAUAUGUUGGAAUGCUACUUAAAGGCAAGAUUAAUUCACUUACUGUUAUUUAGAGUAGAGUGA